AUGGGACUUACAACUUACCUUAUCUUCUUAACGCUGGGAAUAUGGCUGGCCAACAAGUUCCUUCAAGCUAUAAGAUCCCCUCUCCGCUCAGUACCUGGGCACUUUCUGGCCCGUUUUACGCGGCUUUGGUAUUUCAAAGAAGUCUGGACCGGGACAUUUCCAUGGACGAACAUCGAUCUGCAUCAAAAGCACGGGCCCGUUGUCCGCAUCGCGCCAAACGAGUACUCAAUCGACGACCCUGAAGCCAUGAAAAUCCUUUACGGGCACGGAACAGCCUUCAUCAAAGGCCCUUGGUACUCGGCCAGCGGCGUUCCGCACCAGGCAAACAUAUUUUCAGAUUCGAAUCCAAAGUCUCAUGCGGUCGAAAGACGGAAAUUUGCGUCGCUGUACUCAAUGUCGACGUUGGUGACGAUGGAACAAGCGGUAGAUCACUGCGUGGACUUUUUAGUGGACAGACUGAAGGAAUUUUCGCGAUCUGGGGCAACAUUUGACCUGCAGUGGUGGCUUCAAUGUUUCGCUUUUGACACGAUCGGGGAGAUAUCGGUCUCGAAGCGUUUUGGCUUUCUUGAUGCCGGUAAUGAUGCACUAAAUAUCAUCGACGGGCUGGACAAUUUUCUAUUGUAUUCGGCGCGCGUCGGUGUCUUCCCCGAGACGCAUCCGGUCAUUUUCAAGAUCGUCAACAUGCUUGGCGCAAACGGUUUCCAGCAAGUGGCCAAAUUCGCCACGGAGCAGGUGCAAUCUUACAAGAAAAACGUGGAGGGCGAGACUUUCUUGGGAAAGGCUUUGCGGAUCCAUCAGGAGCAGCCACAGAAGCUUUCGGAAACUGACAUCCUAAGCAUUUGCAUGAUGAAUGUGUUUGCUGGAAGCGAUACGUCAAGCAUCAGCCUGACAAGUAUCAUGUGGUGCCUUCUCAAGAACCAGCAUGCCUUGGCCAAGGUAUUCGGCCAAGAUGCGCACAAAUUCAGACCAGAGCGCUGGCUAGUCAGCAAGGAAGCACAACAAGCUCUGGACAGGUACUGGCUGCCGUUCGGUCACGGCUCAAGAACUUGCAUAGGGAAGAACAUUGCUCUUAUGGAGAUCUCGAAGGUGAUUCCGCAUCUGGUUCGACACUUUGAUCUUUCUCUGGUGGACCCGAAUCAAGAGCCGACCACGCACAAUGUUUGGUUUGUGAAACAGCAGAACAUCAGGGUCACGGCUAAGGUUCGGGAUACUACCAACUUAUGA